AGUUUGUAAUAUUGUUUAUAUAUUGUAGGUGCUGUGCUGACGCAGGAUUUUCGGCCGCGUCGCACAGUCACAUAGCGUCGCCCCUCAGUUGUCCCAUAGCUCGCGCCACCGACCCACGUUUUGUAGUUAGUGAAUAUAAAUAAUAUAUUUUUGUGUAAUUUAGAAGAAAUAUAAAAUUUAAUUGGCCGCUAUCUUUAAUUUCAUCUCCCUACACACAGCUACACUAAAUUGGUGACCCCGACGUGAUCUCGACCGGCGUGAUAUAUCGACGUGAGUGUGUAGUAGGGAGAAUAAAUAUUCAAAAUUAAUAUAUAAAUAUAUAUAUACGGACAACUCAAGAAGAAACUACAGGGCGGUGGCAGCGGUAAAAUUUAAAUAACUAAAUAAAAUUUAAUAACACAUAAAAGUACAUAUAAAAAUUAAAUAUCACCAUGGAACCGGUUAAAGAAGAAUUUGCAAGUUUAUCGUCAAUCUCCAUUACGUCCCGCAUCCCAGAUUUUUGGAAGAAAUCGCCGAAAAUAUGGUUUAUACAAACGGAAGCAGUUUUAUCGCCACAGAAAAUGUCAGAUGAAGCGAAAUACCAAAUAGUAAUUUCUAAAUUAACGCCAGAAGUCAUCGAGCAAGUCACGGACAUUUUAAUUAGCCCGCCGGAGACAGGAAAAUAUGAAAAAUUAAAAAGAAGAUUAUUACAAAUUUUUGAAGAAUCGGAAGAUCGACAAAUAAAAAAAUUAAUUGGCGAAAUGGAAUUGGGUGAUCAAAAACCGUCACAAUUAAUGAGGAAAAUGCAAGAUUUGGCGCGUGGACGAGUAACAACAGAAACACUUCUAGUUUUAUGGCAAAAUUUAUUACCGCCGGCAAUAAGAGCUGUGUUAGCCGUAUCCGAGAGUAAAAGUGAAGAUAUUUUAGCAUCAAUAGCAGAUAAAGUUAUGGAGAGCAUGACACCCUUAAACUCGGUAUCAGCAGUUCAACAGUCCAGUUUAAGCAACAGUCCAGAAAAUAAUUUGAUUGGUGAGAUAGAAAAAUUAAAUAAUCGACUGAGAAGAUUGGAAACAAGAAAUAAUACAUCAAAUUUUAGAACGAGGUCACGAUCCAGGUCAAGAGGUAGAUUUCAACGUAAUCAAAGGCAUAAUCCCAAUUGGCUUUGUAAAUACCAUUACAAAUAUAAAAACAAAGCGACGAAAUGUGUGAAACCGUGCAACUGGAAACCUAGUCAGCGUGAGAAACCAGCGGAAAACUAGCAUCGGUGCAGCCAGCGACGGGUGCCUGCGACCGAGUCUACAGAAAUAACCGUCUCAGUGUUUUGGACAGAAAUUCAGGACUAAACUUUUUAGUUGAUAGUGGUGCAAAUGUGUCCGUCAUCCCGCGUAGUGUGGUGUAUGAGACGCCAAAACACGAUGUUUGUCACUAUAUCGAGACGACAGGACCGCCGGUGCAUGCGAGAGCGAGGCAGCUUCCUCCUGACAG